CUCCAUGUCGGUGUCGUCUGCUGUCAUGAACGCAGCGGGCUGUGUGUACGUCUCUCAUGCAUGUGCUUCUGGCUGCCUCCGUCGUCCAUCUCUGUCUCCACAUCCUCGUUGUCACAUUAUGAGUCUUUGUGAUUGGCUUAUCUGCUGUCGGGGCUCAUGGUCCAUCUGUCACAUCCUCUACCAGAACUGGCUUCACCUCACUCUGCGGCUAUGGAGGGAGAUGUUUCACUGUAGCACCACUCACUCACUCACUCACUCACUCACUCACUCACUCACUCACUCACUCACUCACUCACUCACUCACUCACACACACACACACACACAUGUCACAGACACGGCGUCACAUCUGGCUGCUUUCUUCUGAGGCUUUGACUUUGAGGAGAAUGAACCUUAUCGUGUCUCCUGCUUAUCUUUACGAGUGCAGUGGCUCCUUAAAUAGCGUCCAGACAAAGCGGGUGUGUGGCUGUUGGGUCUGUCCACAGGAAGGUGGGGGCGUCUACUGCGUCUGCUGUAACCGUGAGUGAUAUUUGUGAGCUUGGUGGAAGUGGUGAGAACAGAGGGAGGAAGCGAUAGGGCAGAAAAAAAUAAAGGACAAAUGAAGAAAGAACGAGAGAGGAAGGAAAUGGUUUUGGAGAAACAAACCUUUGCCUGGACGCUGAAGCAGAACGAGUGAAGGCCUCCCACACAGAGCCAGUGCUGAGCUGAUCCCAGAUCAGCGUGUAGGUGGCUCGGCCGCACUCUCACCGCUCAAUGACCCACUCAGCUGCUCCAGAGACAAACGGAGCCCCGUGUAAUUUUAGCCUGAAGCCCGGUAGAUGUGAGCGUGUAAAGCCCCGUUCAGGCAGAAGCCUGUUGAUCCUGUUGCUGUUGACGGCUGCUUGUUUCCAGCUCUCUGCGGAGCUGCCUCCUGGCCAUGGUGUUUGGGUGUUUGCAGGACGAGGAGCUGCUAAACGCUUUCUGUGACUGGGAUCUUCUGCUGACAGCGUUUAAUUCACACGUCUGUGGGCUUUUCUCUGGGAAACAUUUCAACUCGUUGAACCAAUCAGUUUGAUUUGCUACAAGCGCUCUUACUUCACAGCUGGUGUUUCUGUGCUGUGUCAUUGAACUCAGCAGGUGUGUGAUGCACUGUAUUAGCUUAUACUGACGUUACAGCCUUAAAGGUGGAGUUUAUGAUGCCGCUGAUUGGUUCCCAUCUGCAUCUGGUUCUAAUUAUGAAGCGAUGUCUGUGGCACAAUGGGAAAAUUGGCUGAUUAUCAGCGAAUGGAGUGACUUUUUGAUCCAGGCAGUGACAGGGACGUCAUUCAGAACCUCACAUUAAAGCCGGUGACAGCUGUUCCCAGCACGGCUCCACUCGUCCGGCGUCGCUGGAGGAUCCAGGGAACGGAGGAGUCUGAGCUGUGCUUCUCCAGCACCUCCUGACGAUCAUCGUCCAACAUCAGAACACUGAAGGAAGAGCUCAGUGUUUGAGAUGAGGGUCCAGCGGGGAACAGCGUGGCAUCAACGCCUCCGCAGACCUAAACUCUGCUCUGCAGGCAAAGAUGGGUCCAUGAAAGCACCGUCAGUUCACAGAAUAUUUCUCAUUGAUGGACGGCUAGCCACAGCGGCAUGCGCUCGUACGUUUACCAGCAGAGCUCUGUGAUUGGCUCGCAGGCGGAGCACGCAGGGAUGCGGACGUACUACUUCAGCGCCGACACGCAGGAGGACAUGAACACGUGGCUGAGGGCCAUGAACCAGGCGGCGCUGAUGCAGAACCAGGGCCCGGCGCCGGGCAGGCCUGCUGACACGCUGAGCACGUGGCAGCAGGCUGUUCCUCAGACCAACCACGUGAACCACCACCGGACCAAGACCCAGGCGUCAGACUGUGGCGUCCCAGCGCCGAUGAUCCACGAGGUUCUGCUGGAGCCCGUCCACCGCGACGCUGACGAGCUCUGCAGCUUCCACAAAGACUCUCCUGCCUCCGCCGUCGGCAGCCCCGGCCUGGAGAUGGACACGCACACGUCGCUGCCCUCCAACCCCGCUCCCAUCACUCUGCUGCAGUCGCACCGCGUGUCGGCCUCGGCGCCCGUGUCCAGGGUCCCGUCGCGGGCGCCGUCGCGCGCCGCCUCCACGCUUCCCUCCAGCGUCUGCACGAGGAACGGCCUGGUGCAGACGCCCAGCCCCAUCCUGGAGCCCAACGGCAUCGCGGCGGGGACGUACCAGAGGGUCCCGGCUCAGCCCGCUGCCGACAGCAGCAAGCGGGUGCAGAGGAGAAGUGCUCUGGAGCAGGUGGAGCAGUGGGUCAAAGUGCAGAAGGCGGAGCUUAAAGGAGAGAACACCCUCCCUCGCCGCACGCCACCAACCCAGCACACCUUCACCUCCACCGACCUCUACCAGACGCUGCCGAAGACGCCUCGCCAAAGCCCCCCGCCGGGCCGGCUCGGCGAGUACAAGUACGCCCAGGACCGCCUGAGCCACUUCCGGCCCGUUCUGGAGCCGGUUGCCCCCGGCGCCAGCACCGUCUGGCAGCUGUACGAGUGGCAGCAGCGCCACCAGUUCCGGCACGGCAGCCCCACGGCCCCGCUCUACACCCCGGCCCCAGAGUACCCGUUCGGGCCCCGCCCCCCGUCCGCCGUGCCCGCCUCCUCGGCCCCCAGGUCCGACGGGUCGCCCCGCUGCGUGUCGGUGCCGCCAUCAGCGGGCGACCUCCCCCCACCGGGGCCUCCGCCGGGCGCCGGCCGGGCCCUGUCACCCAACCGGAGGCCUCACACGCCGGCGGAGCGGCUGACGGUCCGGCCUGUGGGCGACAGGUCAGCGGUGGACACGCCGUUCACCGCGUCCCCUCGGAGGAGCAAGUCCCAGCUGUUCAAGGCUGCGACUAUGGAGAGACGCUCGAUGCCUCCGUCUGGAUACAUCACCCACACCGUUAGCGCCCCGAGCCUUCACGGCAAGACGCCCGAGGAGCUCACGCUGCUCCUCAUUCAGCUCCGCCGGCAUCAGGCCAGGAUGGCGUCUGCUCGCCAGCACACGUUAGCGCGGCUCCAGCGGCUCGACAGUCCCACGGAGCCGUUCGGCGCCGGCCCCCUCCUCAGCGCCGGCCCCUCCCCCACGGCUCACCUCAGAGGUCACACCCAGGCUGAUGACACCUACAUGCAGCUGAAGAAGGACCUGGAGUAUUUGGACCUGAAGAUCAGAGCUCUAGAGCCCCUGAUCCUCGCAGUUCACAGUUUACUACUGCACUGCACUGCUGGGCCUCUCAGGCCCAUCAUGAACGUGGCCGGGAGUCAGACGCUGGGGAAGCCGGUCAAGGUUGCAGAGAGUGACGUGGAUGUGACGCUGAGUCGGUUAUGUGAGCAGGACAGGAUCCUGAAGGACCUGGAGACUCGGAUCAGCUCGUUGAAGGAGGACAAGGACAAGCUGGAGGGCGUGUUGGACGUGUCGCAUCAGCAGAUGGAGAAGUACCAGGAGCAACCAGCCCACGCUCACAAGAUCGCCUACCAGCAGAGGCUGCUGCAGGAGGACCUGGUCACCAUCAGGGCCCAGAUAUCCCGGCUCUCCACCGAGAUGGCGAGCGCCUGGGCAGAGUACAGCAGGCUGGAGCAGACGGUGGAGCAGCUGAGGACAGCGCUGCAGGCGCACAUGCAUCAGAGCAACACGACCCCGCAACAAAAAGUGGAAAUGAAACGGGAGCUGUGGAGGAUCGAAGACGUGAUGGCAGGUCUGAGCGCUAGCAAAGCCAACUACAAGGUCACCAUCGACUCAGUCCAGAACCCAGAGAGGAAAUUAGUGCCUUCGGUGUCAGAUCCAGCAGUGCCUUCCUCCAGCGCCGAGGUCCAGCCUCCGCCUCGCAGCUCCAUCACGCUGCCUCACAGCUCGGGGCCAAAGUGGGCCGAGGACGGCGCUCCGCCCCGCCCGCCGCUGCCCCGCCUCUACGACUACGAGGACACGCCGCCGGCGGUGCCGCCGCUUCCCAAGGAGGCCUCUGUGAUCCGCCACACGUCGGUGCGUGGCCUGAAACGCCAGUCGGACGAGAGGAAGCGGGACAGAGAGAGCGGGCAGUAUGUCAACGGGGACUACAAGGCUGAUUUGCGAUCUUACCUGAGUGAACCUGAGCUGCCAGGGAUGAGCCGCAGCACUGGAGCCGACGCAGACUUCCACUGCUUCCUCAGCAAAGGCUCCUCGUCUCGGCCGAACCAGUCCGACUACAUCUCGUCCUACGUGACCCUGAGGAGAGGUCCGGGCAGCUCUGUAGCCAGGGAGAGACCCAAAAGUGCCUUGGAGUGUGUGUCCUCGCCGCUCGAGGCCGUGCAGCCUCGAGGCCGGAUGACGGCGGAGGAGCAGCUGGAGCGGAUGAAGCGCCACCAGAAGGCGCUGGUGCGCGAGCGAAAGCGGAACCUGAGCCAGGGGGAGCGCGCGUCCGCGUCCACCUCCACGGCCUCCGCCCAGCGCUCCUCCUCCUGCAGGCUGCCGUCCGGCGCCGCCGACCCGCCGCCUGUGUUCGAGUGGCCGGUGCAGCGUCCGAGGACAGAAGGUCAGAGCGACGAAGGGAGGAGCCCAGUGAAGGAGAGGAGACGGCUCCACUCAAACGACUGGGUGACGGCGAAGGCGGCGCUCGUACGGGAGGCGGAUGUGGAGCCUCUGGACUACGACCUGGACAUCAGCCGAGAGCUGUCCAAACCGCAGAAGGUUCCGAUCCCAGAGCGCUAUGUGGAGUCAGAUCCUGAGGAGCCUCUGAGUCCAGAGGAGCUGGAGGAACGCUCCCGCCGGGCCGAGCGCAUCAAGAACCUCCUGGCCAGGUCCAGCGUCCAGAACAUCCAGCCUUCUGACCCGCUGGACUUCACGGAGCUGGACUCGGCUGUGCAGCAGCAGCAGAGGAUCAUGAACGUCUCCCACGUUCUGGCAUCAGAGGCCUCACGCAAGAGCAAACUGGUGGCAGGGACUGAGAGGCCGCAGACACUCGAGCUCAUCGGGUCCAGCCAGAGCAGCAGCGGAGCACGGAGCCGGCGCCUGCAGCGCGAGGCAGCGGCCGCUGCUUCCUACCGAGACCAAGCAUCGCUUUCAGCAGUUUUCCUUUGACUGAGUCUUUUGUAACUUUUUCUCUUUUAUGACUGACAAAUUGAAGCUUUAAAACAGAAUCACAGAAUUUUACUGCACUGCCAGUUUGUAAUUUAAUCACGAGUGAGUUUUUAACAUUUUACCUGUAACCUGUGUUUUCACGGCAGAAUGAAGCUGACGGGACGUAUUUAUUACAGCUUUAGAUUCAGCUGUAGCUUUUGUCAACAGCCUCACGAUGAUCAAUGUUUUAGUAAACGAGCUACUCAGAAUGAACCCCAGUGGGCGAUGGUGUUUGGGCCAGUAUGAAAAAUCACUGAACGGACAAAACAAUAUUAUUUUAACAGAUUUUUGCUGUGGAUUAUUUUUAUAUAUUUAAACAUAAGGUUUGUCUGAAUCACUUCCCAGGUUACAAACCAUCAAGUUUAUUAGUUUUAACCAAAGAUAUUUAUGAACAUUUGUGAAUGACAUUAUAACAAAAUAUGUAAAUAAGUAAUGUCAGAACGUGUUUGUGCUCAUAAACCAAACAAGUAACCAGCACUGAGACCAAACCUCCAUAGUUACAACACAAAGCUGGAACUUCAGCCACUGAGUCAUUGUUAAAGAAAAAUGUAAAUGAACUCAAGCUACGCAGAAAUAAAAAGUGACCAGAUCAACUGCUU